AUGUGUUAUCCUGACAAGUGCUUUUAUACGUUUAAUAAAGUCGAAUUACCUCCAGUGGAGCUUACAAACAAAUAUGAUGCCACUCAGAUUAAGAAUGCCGUUGAUGACGAGAUUGCCAGAUAUUAUACAAAAGAACAAAACUUUGUGCAAUCACAUACCCAUACAGACAUCAGACUUCUGUUAGGCUAUGUAUCUUGCUUUAUUGCUGGAGGCGCUUUUUAUUAUGAGUACAAGACAAGUUUCCGUGAAGCUAUUCCUGUUACGAUGUUUAGCGUUAUUUCUUUUUGGAUCCUUCAAGCCUUGGCUGCAGUUUAUCAAUAUACUAUUGAAAAAGAUGAGGUAUUUAUGGGUAGUCAAUAUAGCCAUGGAAGGGAAGUAGCUACUUUGAAAGUAUCAGGAAAAUUAGAAAAGUAUAAUCCCAAGUAUUCACUAAAGAUUACCUAUGUUGACAAGACCACCACCAAGGAAACCAUACUCAAGGUUGAACCUAAUGCUACAGAAUGGUUCACUACCAAAGGGAUUUUAUCAUAUGAGGCUAUUGAUAAUGAUCUCAAAAAGUAUGUUGAUACACUCAAACAGCAAUUACAUCAAGAAUAA